AUGUUUACUGAUGAUUUGUAUUUAGAUUCUAAAGCAGGAACACCACCAAAAACUAAGCAUGUCAGUUUCAAACCUGCUAAGAAAUUCCACUCAAAUGACUAUUCCAAUAAUUAUGUGCAUAGAAAAUCAUUCCCACAAAAAUAUGUUGCUAAUAUCGAAAAUACCGUAGAGGGAUAUCCUAAAUUGAAAAGAUUAUUGGAGAUCAAAGAGAAGCAAAUAUUAGAGUAUUCUUCGAAACCGUAUGGUUGUAAAAUUGGGCUGGAUCAGAUGGUCCCAAAAUUAAAUCAAUGGAUUCACAAAGAUAAAAUAAAUUUCGAUAUUGUCAUGAUUGGUUGUUUAUCUGAUAACCAAUUCAUCUAUCCCUUGUUGACUCAGUUGCCUUUAGAUAAGCUGGUUUCCAAACCUGGAUUUUUAUUUAUAUGGGCAAGUGUUCAUAAAAUUAAUGAAUUGACAAGAUUAAUGAACACGGAACUUUGGGCAAAAAAAUUUAGAAGAAGUGAAGAGUUGGUUUUCAUUCCAGUCGAUAAAAAUUCACCUUUCUACCCAGGUUUAGAUAAUGAUGACAAAGCUUUAUUCGAAAAAAUGCAAUGGCAUUGUUGGAUGUGCAUUACAGGGACCGUUAGAAGAUCUACAGAUGGCCAUUUAAUUCAUUGUAAUGUUGAUACUGAUUUGUGCAUUGAAAAAGAAAAUAAUAGAGAUGGAGCAGUUCCGUCAGAUUUAUAUAGAGUAGCAGAAAAUUUUUCUACUGCCACUAGAAGAUUGCAUAUAAUUCCAACUCGAACUGGAUUCGAAAAACCAGUCAGACUAAGACCUGGGUGGGUGAUAAUGAGUCCCGAUGUCAUGUUAGAUAAUUUCGAUGCAUCCGAUUAUAAAAAGGAAAUUUCAAAAAUCGGUACAAAUAUACCAAUAAAGGCAGAGAUUGAAAACUUACGUCCGAAGAGUCCAAUUCAAAAGGCCCAGUAA